AUGGGCACCUUUUUUGCAGCCGGCUACGUGGGGAUGUCCUACCUGUCUAAAGACCCCUUGCAUCACAUCGUAGGGGGCCUUGGCGGUCUUGUCUUCGCGAUGCUUAUGGAGACAGUGUUGCUCAUCAUCAGGACCAAUAUCCCGCCUGCACUGCCUGUCGAAGAGAUGCUCAGAAAGAAGCCGCUGCAAAAAGGGGUGGCGCCUGUUGGGCAACAAGAGAGAGCCGAGGCAAAGAAGGAGCGGUAG